AUGUCUGAGGGACCAGGACCAAGAGCUCCCAAGUCGGCCCUCUGGCUCUUGGCACCCCCACUAUUGCGAUGGGCACCCCCUCUCCUUAUGGUGCUACACAGUGACCUCUUCCAAGCCUUGCUGGACAUCCUGGACUAUUAUGAGGCUUCCAUCUCAGAGAGUCAGAAAUACCGCUACCAAGAUGAAGACACGCCCCCUCUGGAGCACAGCCCGGCCCACCUCCCCAACCAGGUAAACGCCCCCGAGCUGGUGCACGUGGCGGAGAGGAACUUGUCCCACCUCGAGGCCGUCCAAGGGGUCGUGGGCCACGCCCACUUCUCCCCCCUCAAGGCCAAUUCUCCCCCUGUGAUUGUCAACACAGACACCCUAGAAGCCCCGGGAUAUGUGAACGGGACAGAGGGGGAAAUGGAAUACGAGGAGAUCACAUUGGAAAGGGGUAACUCAGGUCUGGGCUUCAGCAUCGCAGGUGGCACUGAUAACCCCCACAUCGGUGAUGACCCUUCCAUCUUCAUCACCAAGAUCAUUCCUGGUGGGGCUGCAGCCCAGGACGGCCGUCUCAGGGUCAACGAUAGCAUCUUGUUUGUCAAUGAAGUGGACGUGCGGGAGGUGACCCACUCAGCGGCGGUGGAGGCCCUCAAAGAGGCAGGCUCUAUUGUCCGCCUCUACGUCAUGCGCCGGAAGCCCCCGGCUGAGAAGCUUAUGGAGAUCAAGCUCAUCAAGGGGCCUAAAGGUCUUGGCUUCAGCAUCGCCGGAGGUGUCGGGAACCAACAUAUCCCCGGAGAUAACAGCAUCUAUGUGACCAAGAUUAUCGAAGGGGGUGCCGCCCACAAGGACGGGAGAUUACAGAUCGGAGAUAAGAUCCUAGCGGUCAACAGCGUGGGGCUGGAGGACGUCAUGCAUGAGGAUGCUGUGGCAGCCCUGAAGAACACGUACGAUGUGGUCUACCUAAAGGUGGCCAAGCCCAGCAAUGCCUACCUGAGUGACAGCUAUGCUCCCCCAGACAUCACGACCUCUUAUUCCCAGCACCUGGACAAUGAGAUCAGUCACAGCAGCUACCUGGGCACUGACUACCCCACCGCCAUGACACCCACCUCCCCUCGGCGCUACUCCCCCGUGGCCAAGGACCUGCUCGGGGAGGAAGACGUCCCCCGAGAACCGAGGCGGAUUGUGAUCCACCGGGGCUCCACAGGCCUGGGCUUCAACAUUGUGGGUGGCGAGGACGGUGAAGGCAUCUUCAUCUCCUUCAUCCUGGCUGGUGGCCCUGCAGACCUCAGUGGGGAGCUGCGGAAGGGGGACCAGAUCCUCUCGGUCAAUGGCGUUGACCUCCGCAAUGCCAGCCACGAGCAGGCUGCCAUUGCCCUGAAGAAUGCGGGUCAGACAGUCACGAUCAUCGCUCAGUAUAAACCCGAAGAGUAUAGCCGGUUCGAGGCCAAGAUCCACGACCUUCGGGAACAGCUCAUGAACAGCAGCCUGGGUUCAGGGACUGCCUCCUUGCGGAGCAACCCCAAAAGGGGUUUCUAUAUCAGGGCCCUGUUUGACUAUGACAAGACCAAGGACUGCGGCUUCCUGAGCCAGGCCUUGAGCUUCCGCUUCGGGGACGUGCUUCAUGUCAUUGACGCCAGCGAUGAGGAGUGGUGGCAGGCGCGGCGGGUCCACUCCGACAGCGAGACCGAUGACAUUGGCUUUAUCCCCAGCAAGCGGCGGGUUGAGCGACGGGAGUGGUCACGGUUAAAGGCCAAGGAUUGGGGCUCCAGCUCUGGAUCACAGGGUCGAGAAGACUCGGUUCUGAGCUAUGAGACGGUGACACAGAUGGAAGUGCACUAUGCUCGCCCCAUCAUUAUCCUCGGGCCCACCAAGGACCGCGCCAACGAUGAUCUCCUCUCCGAGUUCCCCGACAAGUUCGGAUCCUGUGUUCCCCAUACGACGAGGCCCAAGCGGGAGUACGAGAUAGAUGGCCGGGAUUACCACUUUGUGUCGUCCCGGGAGAAAAUGGAGAAGGACAUUCAGGCCCACAAGUUUAUUGAGGCCGGCCAGUACAACAGCCACCUGUAUGGAACCAGCGUCCAGUCCGUGCGAGAGGUGGCAGAGCAGGGGAAGCACUGCAUCCUUGAUGUCUCGGCCAAUGCCGUGAGGCGGCUGCAGGCGGCCCACCUGCACCCUAUCGCCAUCUUCAUCCGCCCCCGCUCCCUGGAGAAUGUCCUAGAGAUUAAUAAGCGGAUCACAGAGGAGCAAGCCCGCAAAGCCUUCGACAGAGCCACCAAGCUGGAGCAGGAAUUCACAGAGUGCUUCUCAGCCAUCGUGGAGGGCGACAGCUUUGAGGAGAUCUACCACAAGGUGAAGCGAGUCAUCGAGGACCUCUCAGGCCCCUACAUCUGGGUUCCUGCCCGAGAGAGACUCUGA